GCUUCUUCUUGGCAUCCGAUGCACUGUGUCUCGCUGCUGCUGCUGCUCGCGGCGACGGCCAUCUACGGGCUCGAUAUUUCCGACGCCGAGCGACGGGAGCUCACACGGGACUUGUCGCGCUGGCAAAGCACGUUUGGCAACGACGGCCGUCUCCGCGCGUCGAUGGUCGGCGCCGAGUCCAAUGAGAACCUCCUCGCGCGCUUGAAGGCGUCCAAGGACAAGGUGCCCGAGCUGCGCGUCGCCAACCCACACGCAACCUUUAGCCACUUGACCAAGUUUGCCUUGCUCAACAACGCCGAGUUUGCCAAGUACGUCUCGGGCCCGAUGCCGACGGCGUCGCCCGUGCCGGGUGUCGACCGGGACGUUGGCAACGCCACCGACAUGGUCGACUGGACGACAUACAACAACAUGACAACGACGUGCGUGCUUCCGCCCAAGAACCAAGGCGCGUGCGGCAGCUGCUGGGCGUUUGCAGCCACCGAGGUCGUGGCGUCGGCGCACUGCAUUGCGACCGGCGUCCUGCCCGACAUCUCGGCCCAGCAAGUCACGAGCUGCUCGAAAAACGACGGCUCGGACGGCUGCAACGGCGGGACCGUCGAGGGCGCGAUCGACUGGAUCGUGUCGCAACAGCCGCAAUUGUGUUCGUCGUCGGCGCUCCCGUACACAUCGGGUCUCUCGGGCGACACGGGGACCUGCAACGCCACGUGCAACUCGUCCGUGGCACUCGCCGUCGGCGCGACGAUCAGCAUUGCUGGCGAGUCGGCGCUCGAGACGCAGCUCCGCGUGCAGCCCGUGAGCGUCAGUGUCGCCGGCGAGAACGACGUGUGGCGCCUGUACGUCCGUGGCGUCAUCUCGGCGUGCCCGGAUGUGCGCUCCGACCACGCAGUGCUCGCGGUCGGCUACGGUACGACGGACGACGAGUACCGACUGCCCUACUUCAAGGUCCGCAAUUCGUGGGGUGCCGACUGGGGCGAAGGCGGCGACAUUCGUCUCCAGCGCGGCGUCGGUGGUGCCGGCACAUGCAACGUGGCAGAGAGCGUGUCGUACCCGACCAUCGUGCGCCCGACCAAAACGCCGACCAAGACCAAGCCACCGAACAAGACCACGAAGCGCCCGAAGGCAACGCGCCGCCCGCGCCCACCAACGCCGACGCCAACGCCAUCGACGACCCCUCUGCGGGCGGUCACGUUGACACCUAUCGUGCCCGAGUCGACGGACGGUAGCGAUGUGGAGCUCGACGAUGACAUCGUCGCGGCGUUCUGGGGCUGAGCCGUCCGCGCGCGCUACCGAGGCCAUGUGGCACUGCCUCCGUUAGCGCUAACUCGAUUGAUAAUGCAUAACGUGUCGUUUCUUGCUGGCU